GUCUUAUUUAUUUAUUUAUUUAUUUAAUUAUUUUAAAAUGAUUGUUAUUAGCAUUUUGGUGGGAGUUCUGGAUUAUUUCCAGUUUAAUCCGGUGCUGAUCUCUUUAUCUGAAGAAAGCGCGUGUGCAGUAGAGGGAAAGUGCUGAUCUAACUGCGCAGUUGUGUGUUUCUGAUGAAAAGGUAAUGGAUUCAGAAUGGAGAUAGUGUUGGUAACUUUGGAAAACCGUGAUACUACUGCCAUUGUGAGCGGAGGCAAUGCCAGUGGAGGGUGCGCGAGCUUUCUGAAUCUCCCCCAAGCACCUUUUCCACAGUCUCGGCUGAACGAGGUAUACGGCAAAGAGAUGAACUCUUGCAACAGCAUGCAACAGGACUCUUGGAAAGUGAACGACAUAAAUAAUUCUUGCAGCAGCAGCGAGAAUGCCAUGGAUGCUCUGCUGAGGGCUGAUCACAGCCCUCAUCUUUUAGAUGAAGACAUCUUGGAUAUGGACGGUGAGAACAGCGAACGGGUAUUAAUUAACAUUGCUGGACUCAGGUUCGAAACUCAACUGGGAACCCUGAACCAGUUCCCAGACACUUUGCUCGGGGACCCCCAUAAAAGGAUAAAGUACUUUGACCCCCUCAGAAACGAGUACUUUUUCGACCGGAAUCGGCCCAGUUUUGAUGGUAUACUUUAUUUUUAUCAAUCAGGUGGGAAAAUAAGGAGACCUGUGAACGUCUCCAUAGAUAUAUUUGCGGAUGAGAUCCGUUUUUACGAGUUGGGGGAACAAGCAAUGGAGAAGUUCAGGGAGGACGAGGGAUUUAUUAAGGAGGAAGAGAGACCUAUGCCUAAAAAUGACUUCCAGAAACAGGUAUGGCUCAUCUUCGAGUACCCGGAGAGCUCCAAUCCAGCACGGGGGAUCGCCAUUGUAUCUGUUCUGGUGAUCGUCAUAUCCAUUAUAACCUUUUGUUUGGAAACGCUGCCAGAGUUUCGAGAUGAGAGAGAGCUACCACUGUCUGUCAGUGGAGCUAAUAGUACCCAGGCUCUGCCACCGAGUAGCACGUCAGACCCUUUCUUUAUAGUAGAGACUACCUGUGUGAUUUGGUUCACGUUUGAGCUUACUGUAAGGUUUUUUGCCUGUCCCAGUAAAUCGGCGUUUUCCAAAAACAUGAUGAACAUAAUAGAUAUUAUGGCUAUCAUCCCCUAUUUUAUCACCCUGGGCACAGAACUAGCAGAGCAACAAGGCAACAACGGGCAACAGGCGUUGUCACUGUCGAUCCUAAGAGUAAUUCGUCUGGUCAGAGUGUUUAGGAUCUUUAAGCUAUCAAGACACUCCAAAGGGCUACAGAUUCUGGGUCAGACACUGAAAGCCAGUAUGAGGGAGCUUGGCCUUUUAAUCUUUUUUCUGUUUAUCGGUGUCAUUCUGUUCUCCAGCGCUGUUUACUUUGCAGAGGCAGAUGAGCCCGAGUCUCAUUUCUCCAGCAUCCCUGAUGCGUUCUGGUGGGCUGUGGUAACCAUGACGACCGUAGGCUAUGGAGAUAUGCGACCCAUUACUGUCGGAGGGAAAAUUGUAGGCUCUCUGUGUGCUAUUGCCGGCGUGUUGACCAUUGCAUUGCCAGUACCUGUCAUUGUGUCCAACUUCAAUUACUUCUAUCACAGAGAGACUGACCAGGAAGAGCACGCUUCUCUUAAGGAAGAGCCAAACAGUGGCCAGGAAAGCCCUUGUAGUGACUUGAAGAGGAGCCGCAGCAACGCAUCUCUUAACAAGUCUACAGCGCAACUCGAAAUCAGUGAUGGGGUCAACAAUGGACGGUCAAUGGAAAAAGCAAGCCUCAAAGCAAAUAGCAACAUGGACCUUAAAAGGUCUCUUUAUGCGCUUUGCUUAGACACAAGUAGAACCACAGACCUGUAAAUCAAAGUGCGUGUUGGGUUAGGUACAGUAGAUAUCAAUACUAAUAUAGACAGUGUUUGCUGUUGAGAGCUUUCUUUUGUAUAUCGAAAAAGCCCAUAUAAACUGCAUAUAGGCCCAUGCAUAUAUAUUUUUGAUAGUAUUUCCGCAGAGAUCGAUCAACACAUUUAUGCCCAUAAAUGUCGUGUGUAGACUUUUUAACAUAAACUAGGCCUACUUAAAGAUUUGUAAUGUAUUACGUUUACAGUACAGAUAACCGAAAGUAAGUAUUCAAUACUGUUACUAUACUGUUUUUGUGAUGUUGAGUACAGUAGUAGAUGUCGCUCUUUAAACACAAACGUAUGUGGUGGUAUUUAAAAAACAAAACAAAACAAAAAAAACAGUAUUCUGAAAUUAACAUUAUAUUUUGUAAACAGAUGAAAAAAAAAACAAGUUAAGACAACAUUUUAGAUACCCAUGGUUUGAUUUUGAAAGAAACACAGAUUCAUUUUUUUCAUUCUUUUUAAACAAAUCCAAACUAUAAACCGGGCCAGGAAUACAUAGCACGCAUAUCAAAAAAGGCUAUAAUUUUGAACAAGGAACAAUAUAUUUAUGUAUUAUUAUUAUUAUUAUUAUUAUUAUUAUUAUUAUUAUUAUUAUUAUUAUUAUUAUUAUUAUUAUUAUGUUUAAUGUGUGGAAUUUGGUGCUGUCAGGGGAACAUCAAUUGUUUCUUAAUCCUUUCUUUAUAUUUGAUAUAAGUUUCAGAAUAUUAGGAACACAAAUACCUGUCUUUCUGUGUGUGUGUGUGUGUGUGUGUGUGUGUGUGUGUGUGUGUGUGAAUAUCUCGUUAUAUGAGAACUACCGCAUGCGGGUCCAAAAGCCCAGUGUUGCUAUUCUCUUUUGACAUCCAACUACUUCAUAUCCAAAGAAGCCGCUACUUGCAGCUGCAGAGUUUCUACAGCUUUCUCUAUAUUUAACAAUGCACUCAUGAACGUUGUGUUUAUUUUAAAGGGUUUUCGAGAAGAACCAUAACAGAUCGUGUCGUUUUUAUGUUGCAGUAUUUUUUUUAAUACUGUAUCGAUCUGUGGCAGAAAAGUGUAACACGUGUUUCAGGAACAUUCAAAACUCUAAUGGAUUUUUUGUUUGUGUUUGCAAACCGAUAUUCUGAACAAUGUAAAGAAACGCAUCAUGCAACAGUUGACCUUGCAAAAACACCCCGCAGCAGAUCCGUAUAUGUUUGAAAUACAAAUUACUUUUCUGUCAGAUUCACCGGGUCUGAGUUGUAUCCUUUUAAUUGCAAUGACAUAAGAACGUGCUAAGAAAGUUAUCAGUAACAUCUCCCAGCGUUUUCAAUGAGAAAUCUAUUGACAAUUGACUGCGUUAAAGAACAGAGGGAAUCUGCCAUCAUUUACCGAAGAUAGCCAACGAAAACAUUUGCAGACCAGGAGGUCAGUUGAUGGAGUAAAAUAAGGAAGCAAAACCCACGAGAAGAGCCCCGGUGCCUGCUGGCAAAGAAGAAAGGUUAGUGUCUAUAUAAGUACCUAACUGUGUUUUUAUUUACCAGCAUUUACAGUGCAUAAGAGUUAAUUGUACCGUAAAUUAAAGUGUUCACAACAUAAAACGGCCUAUAUAGGUAUACCGAUUAAACUCAUAUUUAUCAAAUAAAACACAAACCCAGAACGGUCUAACAUUUUGGGGAAAGGGAUAGAGUGACCAGGGAGUUCCUAAAACCGUACAAUUUCUAAAACUGAGCUACUGAAAAAUUAGUAAUGACAAUUGAAACAUAAAAGAGGAAUAUAUGGGUUAAAAUGAGUCAGUAUUUUGCGUGUACAUUAUAAAUAUGUCGCACGUAUAAACACAACACUGUUACAAUUUGACUGUAUUUGCUUCGACCAAAUAGUUCAGAAUACUAUUGUCGUCUGUUAAAUGCUAUUAAUAGCCUUGCAUGGGAUGCUUUGCCUCUUAUCUCAGAGGGGACAUAUUGUGAAGCUCAAUAUGUAGAGACUACCUGUGUGAUUUGGAGCGUAUAUAGCUCCAAAGCAAUGCAUGUAUUGGACAUAUACUGCAAGCAGUUGCCAAAAGAGAAAUGGUUAUUAUGUUGUUGCAGACCUUGAGUUUAUCCCCGUUCCUUGACCACCCUCUCCCUGUACCACCUGGUCUCACAGCAAAAACGUUAUCAUGCUAACGUUCUCACUAGGCUCUGAAACAUUACCUACAUGACUAUUUCAGCGAUUUUGCCGAUCAACCACAAUGCUUUGCAGGUGAAAUUGUUAUGUUUUCAAAACGUAUAUUCCAAUUGUUGGAUUUGUACCUUGAUGUUAUAAAAACGUAUAUUCCAAUUGUUGGAUUUGUACCGAUUAUUUAUUUGUGAUUUAUAACGACCAAUUUGUUUGCUUUUGAACCAAUUAAAUUGUUGCAAAAAUACUAUUCUUUAGUCCAUUCAGUUGAAUUCCGUAGAUGGUCUUGUUGUACCAGUGCUGAAAUAUACACUGCCUUUUUUCUUUAUAUAUGUACACAAAACCACGCUUAAUAUAAUUGUAGGAGUGUCAGUACUGUCCUUGCAUCCAGAGCGCGUCUGUCGAUGAAAAUAAAAAUACGUCUAAAAACAAAACAGUAUUCGGUUCAACAGACAGUCAGUAGCUUAAAUACAUUUAACAUAAGUACUCCAUGUUUAUCUGUGUAGUUACAAAUUUGAAUAUGUCGACCCUGUUUGCUCUGUGGCUCUCAGCCAUAGGCAGGGGUGGGACGUUGAAAAUAAUAGGGGCAGCAGUGUGGAGUAGUGGUUCGGGCUCUGGACUCUUGACCGGAGGGUCGUGGGUUCAAUCCCAGGUGGGGGACACUGCUGUUGUACCCUUGAGCAAGGUACUUUACCUAGAUUGCUCCAGUAAAAACCCAACUGUAUAAAUGGGUAAUUGUAUGUAAAAAUAAUGUGAUAUCUGUAUAAUGUGAAAUAAUGUAUAAUGUGAUAUCUUGUAACAAUUGUAAGUCGCCCUGGAUAAGGGCGUCCGUCUGCUAAGAAAUAAAUAAUACAAUACAGUAAUACAAAUGUGUGGGAUCGAGUCAUAGAAGCAAAGGUGUAUUUUA